CAGAGAACUGCCCUUCCGAGCCGGCCUUUAAAAUAGCCAUUGUGUCAGAGGGAUCACCCCUGCCCCAUAUUACUACACACAGGACACUCAGCGAACUGAAAUCCGACACAUCACAUCUGUGACUCUUUUACACGCCUUAAUGCGCUUAAAUUCCAACUGCCCAGGCCAAGACAGUCCAGAAGUUGCAGAAGGUGUCUGACUCUCCUCAGAGUGAAUCUCAAACAUGCCAGCCAACUACAGCGGGACGUGGGACAUCGUGGAAAAUGAAAACUUUGAGGCGUACAUGGUUGCCCUUGGAAUUGAUUUUGCGACGCGGAAGAUAGCGGGCAUGCUGAAGCCUCAGAAAGUGAUUGAGCAAGAUGGAGAUUCUUUCGACAUCAAAACUCUGACCUCCUUCAGAAACUACUCAUGCACUUUCAAAGUCGGCGAGGAGUUUGAGGAGGUGACCAAAGGCCUGGACAACAGAAAAUGCAAGACGCUGGUCAACUGGGAUGGUGACAAGCUGGUGUGUGUGCAGAAAGGAGAGAUCAAAGACAGAGGAUGGACUCACUGGAUAGAGGGAGAUGUUCUCUAUCUUGAACUCAGAUGUGGAGACAAAACCUGCAAACAAACCUAUAAGAAAACUGCUUGAUUUCAAGUUAACUGGAAUAAAUGUCUUUUUUAGAUACUUUAGAAGUGAACUGUUUUACUACUACAAUCUGUUGGUUUUAUUCUUUUGGUUGAAACAAAUAAACAUCUAUUCAAAUAACUACAUGAUGUCUGUAUGAAGUGAAAUAAACCACAUUUUAAUAA